AUGGUAGAAACAGCCAUUCAGGGGAGAUUGAAAACUACAAAUGCAGCCAUUCAACAAGACGACCUUGCAUGGUACGUAGGACAGCCGGCCCAGAUCAUGACCUUGCAGAAUCGAUGGAAGUUUUUCAUGAGCCAAAUGAAUUGGUCCCAUGACCAGACCAACCAAUGGCCCUCAGAUGUUUUCUUUUCUCCAGUGGAUGGAAUUUUGCAGAUUGACCAUUACCACGCCGACAGCCACGAGACAGCAAAAAUCCCAGAAACCAUAGAAGACCCCAUUGAAGACCUUGAUGAUUGUGAUGACAGUUCACCACCAUCAACGCAGUAUGCAGUCCUUCCCAAACUUGUGCCUGGUGAAUAUGGAGUUUUGCGAGUUCAUCCAGAUGUGACAGUAGCAAGCCUGAUUGAUCUUUGGAGCCAACCACUCCAGCCGGUCGCUGGAUGGCAACCUCAUCAAGCCAUGCAGAAGCUACGUGAAACUGAGAUGCCGCCAAAAGCAAUCCUGUCACCAAUGCCACUGACACCAGAAAGUCAAGCUCUUCUUGACCAAAUUGACAUGCAGGCCAAAUCGACCAUCCCAAUCCUGCAUCGCAGUAGCACUGACCUGACACUCUAUGACAUUGUGGAAGGUUCAACAUGGAGACAAAUUGUGGAAUGGCACCCAAAACUGAAGACUGCCAAACAGGACAUUUUUGGUGACUUGCAUGAAGCCACGGUUUUCCGCAGCCCAAGUGAAGUCAAUGAUGAAAUAUAUGAGCCUGUGCAGCCAACCAUUGUGGAAAGCCAGUUGAACGCACUGUCAGGUGUCCAUUUUGAACCGCUUGUGCCGUAUAACACAGACAUUCUGGUGUUGCACUGUGAAGGAGAUGAGGAAGCACGCAAUGCAUUCCUUCGAUUUUGGAUGACUGAAGAUCACAUCACAUGGUAUCACCAGGUUGGACGUCAAUGCAACUAUCAACUGAUUGAUGACACCACAUGGCGGUUGAUUUUCAGGCCAAAGCUUCCCAAUCCGGCCAUGCCAUUAAAGGUUUUUGUAGAAGCCCUAGCAUGGAGACUUUGGAAGACUGGUUUUAUGGCAUUGCAAACCAAUACGGGUUAUGAUACCAUCAUCAAAAGAUUGAGCAAAGUUUUGAUUCGAUGCAAUUUCGCACCAUCCACUCCAAUUGCAACUUUUUUGACCAUCUUGCGACAUGUGUAUCAACUGUUUGGACAGGGACAGCCCAGUAUGCUGGCCAGUGGACGACGAUGCACAGAGCCAGCCACCAUUUGGGACCUUUUUGAUAGGCUCCCUAAAUCUGGACCAAUCAUCAUCCAUUUCUCACCACCUAUGUCAGGGGGAGGGCCGAAUGAACGAAAUCCCACUGCCAAACAAGAUUCACUACGAAUUGCACAGGCAGGAGUAGCGAACCUGUUGCUAGAUCUAGGUCUAGACCUUCCAGCAGUCACCACUACCACCACUGCCAUCCUGGACUUUGCAGGUUUGCCAAGGAUUCAUCACUUGCUGCAGACCGACUCUGCCAGUGAAGCAAUCCAACAUUUGCGCCAGAUCUGCACAGAAGCUCAGAUUGAACUUCCCAGGAAGGCCGCCAGCCUCCACCUUGCUGCAGCCAAGACGAAAAAACAAAAGAUGCAGAGAAACAACAAAUUUCACCAAAAUAUUGAUGUCCAACAAUACCAACUUGAAGAAGGAUUUUUUCGAAACGAAGACCAAACACCUGCUAUGUUGCACAGCCAAUUCUCAUGGCAUGCCACAGGAGUCACGCUCAUGUCAACAUCCACAGCACAAGACCUGCUUGCAACGACCACCGAACGUGCGGCCGAUGAGUUAGCGAUCUACGUUGUGGGAGAUUUUGCCAUUCCACCUGCAUUCACUGUCGUGUCCACCAAUGCACCAGCUUUUGAUUCGCAAGGCAGAAGAGUCCUUUUGAAUGGACGACUGAUUCAGCUAGGUCAUAGACACAUCCAGCCCAUGCCACCAACUGAAGUUGAACUUGAUCACUCCAAGAUUCAGAUACUGGCAGUGACACUUUGGAAAACUGAUUUUGACGAAGCCAUGUGGCAGCGACUUUGCCAAGCGCCAGUCAAAACCACACGUGACCUACUAGCCCUUGAAGGCUACCAGGACACGAUGUCCAAACCAUGGGGCAGAUCUUUCAGAGCCAAAGGCCUCCCAGUUGAAGCAUCCAAAGCAGAUUCAAUUCAGUUUCAUGCAGAGUUCCACCGGGGACCUAGACUGCAAUCCCUCUUGAAGAGAUCAGGUUUCAAUCGUAUAUUCAUGAUACCAAAAACCCCUGAGGAAAUAACAGAUGGGGCAUGGAAGGUCAUAUGGCUAGCCAUGUCACCUAGCAUGAUUGAGAGCAAAUCAGCCAACCUCACUGGUGCAGCUGGCCUAGUCAGAGGAUCAAAAUCAGUUGGCCUUCGCAUUGAAGCAGGUGCAUAUCAACAAGCAUGGCUGAAACUUAAGCCAGAUCAGACGCCGCCAGACAACAGGAUGAUGCCGUUGACAUAUCGACUUCAACCUUUUCCAGUGGGCACCACGAAAGAAAUCCUGCAGGAAUGGACAGCCUCCUAUGACUGGACAACAAAGCCACUCAGACCAGUAGGAGCCAAGCAAUGGUUGAUUUGCAGUGAAAAGCCACCUCCGAUCCUGAUGAUGUUCAAUUCUCAGCCGAUACUGACCCAACAGGUGGUCAACAGACCAGCAGCAGCCACAUCGGCCAUUGCAGCCGGCCCUAGGCCGAAACCACCUUCCAAACAUGACCGAAGUGACAACACAAUUUCAGUUUUUAAAACGGGAGAUCCAUACAUGGACCCAUGGAUGAAGCAAAAGCCACACACACCCGCAGUGUCAAAGGAAGCAACCUUGAUGACCGCUGCCACUGCGAAAGCUCCUCAGGAAGCAUCACAGCGACAGCCGGAUGGACCCAUACAAGAGAUGUUUCAGCAACAAGACAACAGAAUCCAAGCCAUUGAAACUGCCAUGACACAACUUCAAGCGACACAACAGCAAAAAGCAACAGACACUGAUGCCAAAUUGACACAAUUGGGUCAGACCUUGUCCCAACACAUGACACUAUCCAGUCAAAAUUUUGACCAAAUCUACACUGAGCAGAAAAGCAUGACACAAUCGAUUGCACAAGCCAUGCAACGCCAAGAUGAUCGCCUAGCCCAAUCCAUGGAUGAGUUGAAAGCCCUCUUUUUGCAAUCAAGAGGAAUCAAGCGACCGCCAGCAGAGUCAGCUGGUGACAUGGAGGAUCAGGAGUCGCAUUUUGGCAUGCUGCUUGCAGCCAAGUGUCAUUGCCUUCCCAAGUUGCCUGAGGAACAUAAGUAUAGCCAUAGAUCCUUUGACCAGUUAAGACAGCCUGACAAGCGAAGACUUGCAGUACCGAUCAUUUUGCCUUUUCGACUGCAUCCGUGCCAUGGCAUUCGAAUAGGUCGCACAUUGACACGCAUAUUGCAGCCAAACGUCAUUGCUUCCCUAAGGUCGCAUUUUGACAUGCUGCUUGCAGCCAAGUGUCAUUGCCUUCCCAAGGCCAUUAAGGCCACCAAAUCCACAACAGCACGAGGCAGCUGUGGGUGGUCUCCUGAUGAACUGAAGAAUUUGCCACCUUGCUGCAUCCGAGACCUCAUGCUUUUGCUUGACCAACACUAUGCGAAAGGUAAUGCAGUAGCUGACCAUGCAGCACAACUGGCACAAACUCGCUUGGCGCGACCACUGACACAUAAGAUGGAUGAAUUGAGAAAACAGCAGUUUUACUUUGAUGAACACCUUCUCUUGCAGCUUCAGAUGCGAGCAGACUUGGCGUGUAUGCGAGCACGACUGAUUAAGGACGAAAUCAACUAUGUGGACCCAGACCGACCUAAGCAGCUAUUAUACGAUUGGAAUCCAGCAGAAGUCCGACAGUUUACAAUCUCAGAUGAUCUCCAAUAUGUAGCACAUGCAAGUAGGUGGGGAACAGGGUACACAGCGAUGCUCAUGGCAUGGACUCAAACUCUACAGUGGCCACUUGAACCUGACACCAAUAAACCACCAACUGGAGUCUCUUGGGUUGAACUUGCAGUAAAUUUUUUGCUUACCACUGGGCGGAGCAUUCCGCUCAACAUCAGAGAAGAAGGACAAUCGAGAUACAAAAAUGAGGAAGAUAACCCUGGCUUUGACAUGAGGGCUCACUGCUUCACACGGAUGGUCAACAGCUUUCGAGAUUCUUUAGCACAUCUACAAUAUCUGGUCCAACAUGAUAUCAUGCCCACGAUGACUCCUCACAAAGUAAAAUCGAUUUGCGUGCUGGGCAGUAAACACUUGAAACAGGGCAUUGCAUACAGACCCAUCAUGCUGAAACAAAGGGAAACUCUGGACGUUUUGAUGAAGUUUCUUCAGCCCACUGAAACAGGUGAGGCUCCGACAUUCCGGAAUCACCCGGACCUGCCAUUUUGUACACCAGUUAUUUUUUCUGAGUUGCCAGAUCCCGCAGACAAUACGUUAGCGGAUCGCAGCAGAAGAUACAAUCAACGCCGACGAGAAAUCCGAAUGACCAGAUCCUGA